AUGCCAGCAUCUAAUCCUAGCCCUCCGCGUCCAUCCAAAUGCCUGCCAGAGAAGCAGUUCUUUCUUCGCGACUCCAUCCUUACUGACCUCUUCCACGUGUCGCACAUCCGCAGCGUCUACCAUAUUUUCGUGGCCAUCAUGAUAAUUUUUUUCCUUAACACCACAAUGAAUGACUUCCUUGAAAAGGGAGGUGUAGUGCACACCUAUCACUUCGAGCUGUUUGUUUGGGUGUUCGGCGGCGUCCGUGACGUUCUUUUCGCUUGGUUUCUAAUGCAGAUCACCACGCUCCUGGUACCUUAUACCGGGUUUUCUGCCUGGCUGAUACUGCGAGAGCAGGUGAUGCACUACGAUCAACAAACCUCCAUCCCUCAAAAGCAGGUCGAGCCCGAGGAAUCCGAUUGCAACAAUCAUAAGCCAACCAGUAGCGUAGCUAUGCCUGCGCAGACUAGCGGUGAGCAAGGCCUAUCAGACAAACGUACUGGCUCUCUUUUAAACAGGCUGCUCAAACAAGACCUAUUGAAGACUCGCUGCGUUAACUAUUUUGCCCUGCUUUGCUACAUUGUCUAUCAGGUAGCUACUACAAGUACACCUAACUAG